CCUUGACCACCAUCACUUGCUUUGCUCGCAACACCAACAAGCUAUAUAACACAACACAGCUUUACACUAUAGCUAUACACCAUGUCAGCUAACAGCGAAGAUGUCGCAUCCUUCAUGGCGAUCACCGGUACCUCCGAUGGCGAUGCCCGGAAAUACUUGAGCAGAUACCCUGAUGUUCAGGGUGCCGUCUCAAUGUUCUUUGCUGAACAAGCCGGAGAAGCCCCCGAAGAGAUGGACACCGAGCAGGACGAGCGAGAACCUCCUGUCAACACCGCUGCUACGGGUACCAGCACGCCUUCUCAAGCGGCUGGAGCCUAUACUUUGAGUGGACAGCCUGUAGGAGCCUUGCCAUCCGGAUGGGGUGCCGGAGGUUCCUCAGGAGGACCAAGCAUCGGAAGGGUCGGCCAAAGUAGCUCGGGACCUGCCACGAAGAGCAAGAGUUCGUCGAAGUUUGCUACCCUGGGUAGCCUGGGGAACUCGGCGGCCAACUCUGACGACGAGGAUGAGGUGAAGAAGCAAGCCGAGCUCUACGCUGGUGGACAAGGUGGAAGCGGAAUGGCUAUCCAAGGACCUGACGGACCUGGUGGUAGGGUCGUCCCGGGCCAGGGUGUCGUACAAGACAUCUUGAAGCGUGCUCGAGACGGCGGCGCGGCUGCCCUCGGAGGACUCAAGGGAUCCGAUGGCAAAACUUCCGGCUUUUUCGGUGGAGGAGGGAUGACGCUUGGCUCAGAUGAAGCUCCUUCCGUUGCCGUGCCCGACCCGUCCUCCCGGCCCUCUGGAUCGAGAUCUCCUCCUGCGAACCGUCCUCGUGGCCUGAUGGCUUCUCUAGGUUUCGGUGGACCGUCGGAAGAGGAAGACGAGGAAGAGGAAGAGUUUGACGACGACGACGUGCAGAUCAGGAAUUUGACCUUUUGGAGAGAAGGGUUCAGUAUCGAGGAUGGACCGUUGAUGACUUACGACGAUCCCCAUAACAAGGAGAUUUUGGAGGCGAUCAAGUCUGGACGGGCACCACUGUCAUUGCUGAAUGUCAAGAACGGACAGGCAGUUGAAGUUCGAGUCGCUGAGCGCAUGACCGAGAACUACCGACCUGCGCCUCCCAAGCCUAUGCAGGCGUUUGACGGAUCCGGUCAGAGGCUCGGCGCACCGGCUCCUCAGGUCAUCCAGGGCUCGACCACUGCCGCAAUCAACAAUCUCCCUAGCAGCUUUGCUGCCGCUGCCAGCGGUGCCAGUGCAAGAAACAUUGUGCCCACGUUCGAGGUCGACCAGAGCAAGCCCGUGACAUCUGUACAGAUCAGGUUGGCAGACGGCUCCAAGCAAACCGUCAAGCUCAACUUGACUCAUACUGUCGGCGAUUUACGAGGCCUCGUGUCGGCUGCCCAAACGGAUCGACGACAAUUUGUCCUGCAGACCACGUUCCCCACCAAGGUCCUCGAGGAUGACUCGCAGACUGUUGAAGCUGCCGGUCUCAAGAACGCUGUCGUAGUCCAGCGUUGGGCCUAGACGUUUUUUUUCCUAACGAGUGUCGGUAGACAUGAAUGAGGCUGUGUUUCCAGUUCUAUGAGAC